GGCAGUAGUGAGCCUUACAACGAGUGUGAAUGUUCCUAAAAAACAAGAAGAAAAAGGAGUACCAAGGCAUUAGUACACACACUAUAGCUAUCUACGGCUAACGAAAUAAAGGAAUUUAACUUAACUUUAACUUUACUGCAACACAUGUUCAUUGAGGCAAAAUGCCUCGUUAUGCACAGCUCGUGAUUGGCCCGGCGGGUAGCGGUAAGAGUACCUACUGCUCCACCGUGGUCCAGCAUUUAGGGUCGCUUAACCGCUCAGCUCAGGUGGUCAAUCUGGACCCAGCAGCUGAGCACUUUGACUACCCUGUCAUGGCAGACAUCCGUGAGCUCAUCCAGGUGGAUGACGUGAUGGAGGAUCCUUCUCUCAGAUUUGGCCCAAACGGAGGCCUGGUCUUCUGCAUGGAGUACUUCGCCAACAACUUUGACUGGCUGGGGGAAAGCCUCGGUCACGUAGAGGAUGAUUACAUACUGUUCGACUGCCCAGGUCAGAUUGAACUUUAUACACACCUCCCUGUAAUGAAGCAGCUGGUGGAGCAGCUCCAGCAGUGGGAGUUUCGGGUGUGUGCUGUCUUCCUGGUGGACUCCCAGUUUAUGGUGGAGUCUUUUAAGUUCAUCUCGGGAGUCAUGGCUGCCCUGAGUGCCAUGGUGAUAUUAGAGAUCCCUCAAAUAAACAUCAUGACAAAAAUGGACCUUCUUAGUCCUAAGGCCAAGAAGGAGAUUGAGAAGUACCUGGACCCAGACAUGUAUUCAAUGAUGGAAGAUAACUCAGAUAAUAUCAGAAGCACAAAGUUAAAAAAACUAACGAAAGCUAUCUGUGGUUUGAUUGAUGACUACAGUAUGGUGAGAUUCCUGCCUUUUGACCGCACAGAUGAGGAAGGUAUGAACAUAGUACUGCAAAACAUUGACUUCUCGAUACAGUAUGGAGAGGACCUGGAGUUCAAGGAACCAAAGGAGAUGGAUGAAGAACCUGCUAACCUAAAUUAUGAUGAGGCUUUUCAAGACAAAGGGGACAGCUGAGGAGUAGUGUGGCACCAGGAAUUCUGCAAAAAAGAGACAAGAGUUGAAAACAACAUUUGAAGCGGAUUAAGAAACAGGCUAUACUAUAUCAAGUCCAGAAGAGAGAAUGACAUGUGGCUGCAAGGACAAUAAGAAACGUGUGGGGAAAAGACUGACUCAGAAGAUCGCAAAUAUCUUGUAUCAUAUGUUCAGAAGUUUUUUGUGCCGUUUUGAUGAUUCAAGAAAUGUGUGAUGUCAUUAUUUCAGGGCCGUGUAUAAUUUUAAAGAGUUAUUGAUUACAUUUAUAAAUGCUAUAUUUUUAAAUAAAAUAUUACACAAAAUGUACAA